AUGGACCUUGGGUCUUCCGCUCUAAGCAACGGAGCUGGAGGCCCGGACGGCGGCUCGCUUAGGUCCGGGUCUGGGACAGGCUCGGCAGGCUUCGUUCGCGUGCGACGUCGCGCAGCGACGCACAAGGUGUUUCAAGGCGACUAUCUGCAGCUCGCUGACGAGAACCAUGCGAUCCUCAAGAUGCUGCGGAAGCAAGGGGACCAGAGCGUCAUUUUCGCCGACACAGUCGCCAAGGUGAACCGGCACAACAGAAUCGUUCCGCGGCUGCUGGUGGUGACAGAAAAGGCGGUCUACAUUAUUGAGCGAGAUACUUUCAGGCUGAAGCGGCGCAUCCCAUUGGACAUUAUUGAAUCGCUGUAUCUGUCUGAGCUGGCGGAUAACUUCCUGGCGCUGAUGGUCCCCAAGGAGUUUGACUGCCUGCUUGUCAGCACACGCAAGACAGAGAUUGUGACUGUACUGGUGGAUGCGACUAAAACGACUUCGAGGGAGCUGAAAGUGUGCUUCAGCAACAAGUGA